GCGGCGAUAAGGACCGUAGCUGGUUCAGCAGCAGCACUGGUUGGGUCAUUCUCUCCGAGCCGCAGACACUCUCAUAAGGUAAGGUGCUAACACCGGGACUGAGACCUUAAUGAGCGUUUUUCGGCAGAAGAAGCCACCAUGUGUGACGACGACGAGACUACCGCCCUCGUGUGCGACAACGGCUCCGGCCUCGUGAAGGCUGGCUUCGCCGGAGACGACGCCCCCAGGGCGGUGUUCCCCUCCAUCGUGGGCCGCCCCCGUCACCAGGGUGUCAUGGUCGGUAUGGGUCAGAAGGACUCCUACGUCGGCGACGAGGCCCAGAGCAAGAGAGGUAUCCUGACCCUCAAGUACCCCAUCGAGCAUGGCAUCAUCACCAACUGGGACGACAUGGAGAAGAUCUGGCACCACACCUUCUACAACGAGCUGAGAGUGGCCCCCGAGGAGCACCCCACCCUGCUCACCGAGGCCCCCCUCAACCCCAAGGCCAACAGGGAGAAGAUGACCCAGAUCAUGUUUGAGACCUUCAACGUCCCUGCCAUGUAUGUUGCCAUCCAGGCUGUGCUGUCCCUCUACGCCUCCGGCCGUACCACCGGUAUUGUGCUGGACGCUGGCGACGGUGUGACCCACAACGUCCCCGUCUACGAGGGUUACGCUCUGCCCCACGCCAUCAUGCGUCUGGACUUGGCUGGUCGCGAUCUGACCGACUACCUGAUGAAGAUCCUGACCGAGCGUGGCUACUCUUUCGUCACCACCGCCGAGCGUGAGAUCGUGCGUGACAUCAAAGAGAAGCUGUGCUACGUGGCUCUGGACUUCGAGAACGAGAUGGCCACGGCUGCCUCCUCCUCCUCCCUGGAGAAGAGCUACGAGCUCCCCGACGGUCAGGUCAUCACCAUCGGUAACGAGAGGUUCCGUUGCCCCGAGACCCUCUUCCAGCCUUCCUUCAUUGGUAUGGAAUCUGCCGGUAUCCAUGAGACCGCCUACAACAGCAUCAUGAAGUGCGACAUUGACAUCCGUAAGGACCUGUACGCCAACAAUGUGCUGUCCGGUGGUACCACCAUGUACCCUGGUAUUGCUGACCGUAUGCAGAAGGAGAUCACUGCCCUGGCCCCCAGCACCAUGAAGAUCAAGAUCAUCGCACCUCCCGAGAGGAAGUACUCCGUCUGGAUCGGCGGCUCCAUCCUGGCUUCCCUGUCCACCUUCCAGCAGAUGUGGAUCUCCAAGCAGGAGUACGAUGAGGCGGGCCCCAGCAUCGUCCACAGGAAGUGCUUCUAAGUCCCUCAUCUGCCCCCUGGCUUCUCCGUCCUCUCCGCCGCCGGGUUUUGGGGAAUCGAACGGGAGGGGGCGAGAAGCAGGAGACUCGACCUCUGCGGCGCGGCAACACUCUGCUGUCAAUGGACUGCCUGUCUGUGCUGUUGACCUCCUUACACGUGCAUUCUUUCAACAAAUGUACAUGUUUUGUAGCUGUCUGUUGCCUGUGUUGUACGGAGAAAGGCUGUGAAAAAAAAAAAAAAAACACCACUGAACCAUGCAUCCAACCCUAUAAAAACUUUAAUAAAAAAAUAACAACAACAA